GCCGAGCCGCGCAGCCCUCGGGCUCCUGCUCCGCUCCCUCGCCUCUCGUGCUCCUCUCCGCCCCUGCGCCUCCAGCUCAGCCUCCGCCCUGGCGGCACGACCAUGUCCCGGGCGCGGCCCCCGGCAGCCGCGCGCCGCUAGCCCCGCGCUCGCCGCGCAGCCCGGGCCGGCCGCGAUGGGGGCCGCCGCCCGCCGGAGCGCCCACCUGGGGCCCGCGCCCGCCGGCCGCCCGCUGCGCUCCCUGCUGCUGGUGCAGCUCCUGCUGCUCGUCUGGGCCCCGGGGGCCGCGCGGGCCCAGGGCGCCGAGUUCCCCGAGCUGUGCAGUUAUACAUGGGAAGCUGUCGAUACCAAAAAUAACAUGCUUUAUAAGAUCAGCAUCUGUGGAAACGUGGAUAUUGCCCAGUGUGGGCCAUCAAGUGCUGUUUGUAUGCACGACUUGAAGGCGAGCAGCUAUCAUUCCGUGGGUGAUUCUUCUUCAAAAACUGCAACCAGAUCUCUUCUGGAAUUCAGCACAACAGAGAGCUGUAAGCAAAGCCCAAAUCACAAAAUCCAGAGUAGCAUUACCUUCUUAUGUGGGAAAACCUUGGGAACUCCUGAAUUUGUAACUGCGACAGGCUGUGUGCAUUACUUCGAGUGGAGGACUAGUGCUGCCUGCAAGAAAGACACGUUUAAAGCCAAUAAAGAGGUGCCGUGCUAUGCAUUUGAUGGAGAGCUCAAGAAGCAUGACUUAAAUCCACUGAUCAAGAUUAGCGGGGGUUACUUGGUGGAUGACUCUGACCCGGACACUUCCCUGUUCAUCAAUGUUUGUAGAGACAUAGACUCGCUACGGGACUCCAGUCCGCAGUUGCAUGGCUGUCCCCCCGGCACGGCUGCCUGCCUGGUGAGAGGGGGCCAGGCCUUCGACGUCGGCCAGCCCAAGGAGGGACUGAAGCUCAUGAGCAAGGACAGGCUUGUCCUGAGUUACGUGAAAGAAGGGGCCGGGGAGCUAGACUUCUGUGACGGUCACAGCCCGGCGGUGACGAUCACGUUUGUCUGCCCGUCGGAGCGCAGAGAGGGCACCAUUCCCAAGCUCACAGCAAAAUCCAACUGCCGCUACGAAAUUGAGUGGAUCACUGAGUAUGCGUGCCACAGAGAUUAUCUGGAAAGUAAAACCUGCUCUCUGAGCAGCGAACAGCAUGACAUCACCAUUGACCUCCAGCCACUCCGACAGGAUGGAGCUCUGUCCUCCUCUUACUACGCUUCAGAUGGAAAGGAAUAUAUGUUUUAUUUGAAUGUCUGUGGAGAAGUUGAAGUACCGUUCUGUAGUAAGAAAGAAGCCGCCAUUUGCCAAGUAAAGAAGAAUGAACCCUCUCAAAUCAAAGUAGCAGGAAAAUACCAGAAUCAAACCCUCCGAUACUCCGACGGAGACCUCACCUUGGUCUAUUCCGGAGGGGACGAAUGCAGCUCUGGGUUCCAGCGGAUGAGCGUCAUAAACUUCGAGUGCAAUAAGACGGCAGGUAAUGAUGGGAAAGGAGCUCCUGUAUUCAGUGGGGAGGUAGAUUGCACCUACUUCUUCACGUGGGACACGAAGUACGCCUGUGUGAAGGAGAAGGAGGAUCUCCUCUGCAGUGUGGCCGACGGGAAGAAGCGGUACGACCUAUCUGCGCUGGCUCGGCACUCAGAACCGGAACAGAAUUGGGAAGCUGUGGAUGGCAGCCAGGGGGAAACAGAAAAGAAGCACUUCUUCAUUAAUAUCUGCCACAAAGUGCUUCAGGAAGGCCAGGCCAGAGGCUGUCCUGAAGAUGCGGCCGUGUGCUCUGUUGAUAAGAGUGGAUUUAAAAGUCUAGGCAAGUUUAUUUCUUCUCCCACGAAAGAGAGAGGGAACCUUCAGCUCUCGUAUUCAGACGGUAGUGACUGUGGCCACAGGAAAAUAACAACUAACAUAACACUCAUCUGCAAGCCAGGUGAUCUGGAAAGCGCUCCGGUGUUGAGAACCUCUGAGGAUAAUGGCUGCUUCUAUGAGUUCGAGUGGCAUACGGCCGCCGCCUGCGUGCUGUCGAAGACGGAGGGCGAGAACUGCACCGUCUUUGACUCCCAGGCAGGGUUUUCUUUUGAUUUGUCACCUCUCACAAAGAAAAAUGGUGCAUAUAAAAUUGAGACAGACAAGUAUGACUUUUACAUAAAUGUUUGUGGUGCGGUGUCUGUGAGUUCUUGUCAGCCGGACUCCGGAGCCUGUCAAGUAGCAAAAAGUGUUAAUAAGGCUUGGAACUUGGGACUGAGUAACGCUAAACUGUCAUAUUAUGAUGGGAUGAUCCAGUUGAACUAUAAAGAUGGCACGCCCUAUAAUAAUGAAAAGCAUACACCAAGAGCUACACUGAUCACCUUCCUCUGUGACCGAGAGGCUGGAGUCGGUCUCCCUGAAUAUCAGGAGGAAGAUAACUCUACCUACAACUUCCGGUGGUACACCAGUUACGCCUGCCCGGAGGAGCCCCUGGAGUGUGUGGUGACCGACCCCUCCACGAUGGAGCAGUACGAUCUCUCCAGUCUAGCAAAAUCUGAAGGUGGUCGUGGAGGAAACUGGUACGCCAUGGACAAUGCGGGCAAGCACAGCACGUGGAGGAAAUACUACAUAAACGUGUGUCGACCUCUGAACCCGGUGCCGGGCUGUGAUCGAUACGCGUCGGUGUGCCAGAUGAAAUACAACAACGAUCAGGGCUCCUUUUCUGAGGUAGUGUCCAUCAGUAACUUGGGGAUCGCAAAGACAGGCCCUACGGUGGAGGACAGCGGCAGCCUCCUCAUAGAGUACGUGAAUGGCUCAGCGUGCACCACCAGCGAUGGGAGGCUGACCACCUACACCACGAGGAUCCAUCUCGUCUGUUCCAGGGGCAGCCUGAAUACCCACCCCAUAUUUUCCCUCAGUUGGGAGUGUGUGGUCAGUUUCCUGUGGAAUACAGAGGCCGCCUGUCCUAUCCAAAUAAUGACGGACACAGACCAGGCCUGUUCCAUAAGGGACCCAAACAGUGGCUUUGUGUUUGAUCUUAACCCGCUGAACAGUUCCCAAGGAUACGUGGUUUCGGGAAUUGGGAAGACUUUUGUGUUUAACGUGUGUGGCACAAUGCCGGUCUGUGGGACCUUCGAUGGAAAACCAGCCUCUGGCUGUGAGGCGGAAAUUCAGACAGAGGAGCUAAAGAAUCUGAAGCCAGAAAGGCUGGUUGGACUCGAGAAAAGCCUGCAGCUGUCCACUGAGGGCUUUAUAACUCUGACCUACAAAGGGCCUCUUUCCCCGGCCACAGGGACCGCUGACGCCUUUAUCAUCCGCUUUGUUUGCAACGAUGACUUUUACCCGGGAACCGCCAAAUUCCUGCAUCAGGACAUUGACUCUGGCUUGGGGAUCCGAAACACUUUCUUUGAGUUUGAGACUGCACUGGCCUGCGUCCCCUCUCCUGUGGAUUGCCAGGUCACGGACGUCGCUGGAAAUGAGUAUGACCUGAGUGGCUUAAGCAGAGUCAGGAAGCCCUGGACUGCUGUGGACACCUCGGCUGAUGGAAGAAAGAGAACUUUCUAUCUGAGUGUUUGCAAUCCCCUCCCUUAUAUUCCCAGAUGCCACGGCAGCGCAGUGGGGUCCUGCCUGGUGUCAGAAGACAACAGCUGGAACCUGGGCGUGGUGCAGAUCAGCCCCCAGGCUGCCGAGAAUGGCUCCCUGAGUAUUGUCUAUGUCAAUGGUGACAAGUGCGGAAACCAGCGCUUCUCCACCAGGAUCACGCUCGAGUGCGCUCAGACCUCGGGAUCCCCAACAUUUCAGCUUCUGGAUGAUUGUGAGUAUGUGUUUGUCUGGAGAACGGUGGAAGCCUGUCCCGUCAUCAGAGUGGAAGGAGACAACUGUGAGGUGAAGGACCCGAGGCACGGCAACCUGUACGACCUGAAGCCGCUGGCUGUCAAUGACACUGUCGUGAGUGCCGGCGAAUACACCUACUACUUCCGGGUCUGUGGCAAGCUGUCCUCAGAGGUCUGCUCCACUAACGACAGGUCCAAGGUGAUCUCAUCGUGUCAGGAGAAGCGGGGACCCGAGGGAUUUCAAAAAGUGGCAGGUCUCCUCACCCAGAAGCUGACGUAUGAGAAUGGCUUAUUGAAGAUGAACUACACUGGGGGGGACGCUUGCCAUAAGGUGUACCAGCGCUCCACAACCAUCUUCUUCUACUGCGAGCGGAGCACCCAGAGGCCGGUAUUUCUCAGGGAGACUUCGGAUUGCUCCUACUUGUUCGAGUGGCGAACGCAGCAUGCCUGCGCGCCUUUUGACCUGACCGAGUGCUCAUUCAAAGACGAGGCUGGCAACACCUUCGACCUCUCGUCCCUGGCAAGGUAUAGCGACAACUGGGAAGCCGUCACAAGGACAGGAGCCACCGAGCACUAUCUCAUCAAUGUUUGCAAGUCUCUGUCUCCCCAGGCUGGUUCCGAGCCGUGCCCUCCGGAAGCAGCCGCGUGUCUCUUGGGCAGCUCUAAGCCUGUGAACCUCGGCAGGGUGAGGGAGGGGCCGCAGUGGAGAGGUGGCGCCACUGUCCUGAAGUACGUCGAUGGUGACUUGUGUCCAGACCAAAUUCGGAAAAAGUCAACCACCAUCCGCUUCACCUGUAGCGAGAGCCAAGUCAAUUCCAGGCCCAUGUUCAUCAGUGCGGUGGAAGACUGUGAGUACACCUUCUCCUGGCCCACACCAGCUGCCUGUCCUGUGAGGAGCAAUGUGCACGACAACUGCCAAGUCACCAACCCUGCCACAGGACACCUGUUUGAUCUGAGCUCUUUAAGCGGCGGAGCUGGACACACGGCCGCAUACAGCGAGAAGGGGCUUGUGUACAUCAGUGUCUGUGACGACAAUGAAAACUGCUCCCCCGGCGUGGGGGCCUGCUUCGGGCAGACCAGGAUCAGUGUGGGCAAGGCAAACAAGAGGCUGACCUAUGUGGAUCAGGUCCUACAGCUGGUGUAUGAGGAUGGAUCCCCCUGUCCGUCCAAAUCCGGCCUGACCUACAAGAGUGUGAUCAGCUUCGUGUGCAGGCCUGAGGCCGGGCCCACCAACAGGCCCAUGCUCAUCUCUCUCGACAAGCAGACAUGCACGCUCUUCUUUUCCUGGCACACGCCUCUGGCCUGCGAGCAGGUGACGGAGUGCUCUGUGAGGAACGGAAGCUCCAUUAUUGACCUGUCCCCCCUCAUCCACCGCACGGGGGGCUAUGAGGCGUAUGACGAGAGUGAGGAUGACACUUCGGACACCGGCCCUGACUUCUACAUCAACAUCUGCCAGCCACUGAACCCGAUGCAUGGGGUGCCUUGUCCCGCUGGAGCGGCUGUGUGCAAGGUUCCUGUCGACGGUCCCCCCAUAGAUAUUGGCCGAGUCACAGGACCUCCAAUACUCAACCCCAUAGCUAAUGAAGUUUACUUGAAUUUUGAAAGUAGUACUCCUUGCUUAGCGGACAAGCAUUUCAACUACACCUCACUGAUCGCUUUUCACUGUAGGAGAGGUGUGAGCAUGGGAGCUCCCAUGCUGCUGAGGACCAGUGACUGCGACUUUGUGUUUGGGUGGGAGACCCCACUGGUCUGUCCAGACGAAGUGAAGGUGGACGGCUGCUCCCUGACGGACGAGCAGCUGCAUUACAGCUUUAACCUGUCCAGCCUUUCCAAAAGCACUUUCAAGGUGACUCGAGACUCACGCACCUACAGUGUAGGGGUAUGCACCGCGGCGGCAGGCCUGGAUGAAGGAGGCUGUAAGGACGGCGGUGUCUGCCUGCUUUCCAGGAACAAGGGGGCAUCUUUCGGGCGGCUGGCAUCGAUGAGACUGGAUUACAGGCACCAGGAUGAAGCUGUCAUUUUAAGUUAUGCCAACGGAGAUAAUUGUCCUCCAGAAACUGAGGAAGGUGACCCCUGUGUGUUCCCCUUCAUAUUCAAUGGGAAGAGCUACGAGGAGUGUGUUCUGGAGAGCAGGGCGAGGCUCUGGUGCUCCACCACGGCCAACUACGACAGAGACCGCGAGUGGGGCUUCUGCAGACGCUCAAACAGCCACCGGAUGUCUGCAAUUAUCUUCAAGUGCGACGAGGAGGCCGAUAUUGGGAGGCCACAGGUCUUCAGUGAAGUUCGUGGCUGUGAGGUGACAUUUGAGUGGAAAACAAAAGUUGUCUGCCCUCCAAAGAAGAUGGAGUGCAAAUUCAUCCAGAAGCACAAAACCUACGACUUACGGCUGUUGUCUUCACUCACCGGGUCUUGGUUCUUUGUCCAUGAAGGAGACUCGUACUAUAUAAAUCUCUGCCAGAAAAUAUAUAAAGGGCCUCUCGACUGCUCUGACAGAGCCAGCAUUUGCAAAAAGAGUGCAUCUGGUGUCGUCCAGGUCUUGGGGCUUGUUCACACACAGAGGCUGGACGUCUUAGAUGACAAAGUCAUCGUAACUUAUUCAAAAGGUUAUCAGUGUGGGGAGAAUAAGACGGCAUCUGCCGUCAUAGAGUUGACCUGUGCGAAGACCGUGGGCAGACCUUCAUUCAUGAGGUUCGACAUCGACAGCUGCACGUACUACUUCAGCUGGGACUCCCGGGCUGCUUGUGCUGUGAAGCCGCAGGAGGUGCAGAUGGUGAACGGCACCAUCACCAACCCUAUAAACGGCAAGAGCUUCAGCCUCGGAGAUAUUUAUUUUAAGCUGUUCAGUGCCUCUGGGGACAUGAGAACAAAUGGGGACAAGUAUCUGUAUGAAAUCCAGCUUUCCUCCAUCACAAGCUCCAGAAAUCCAGCAUGCUCGGGGGCCAACAUAUGCCAGGUUAAACCAAACGACCAACACUUCAGUAGGAAAGUUGGAACUUCUGACAAAACCAAAUACUACGUUCAAGAUGGUGAUCUGGAUGUGGUGUUUGCCUCGUCCUCUAAGUGUGGAAAAGAUAAGACGAAGUCUGUGUCUUCCACCAUCUUCUUCCACUGCGACCCUUUGGUGAAGGAUGGGAUCCCCGAGUUCAGCCACGAGACUGCUGACUGCCAGUACCUGUUCUCCUGGUACACCUCUGCUGUGUGUCCUCUGGGGGUGGGCCUCGACGGUGACAGCGCGGGCGAGGACACGCCGGAGCGCAGGGGGCUGUCGGAGCGAAGCCAGGCCGUUGGGGCGGUCCUCAGCCUGCUGCUGGUGGCGCUCACCGGCUGUCUGCUGACCCUGUUGCUCUACAAGAAGGAACGGAGGGAGAUCGUGCUGAGCAGGCUGACCAGCUGCUGCAGGAGAAGUGCGAACGUGUCCUACAAAUACUCGAAGGUGAACAAGGAGGAGGAGGCAGAUGAGAACGAAACGGAGUGGUUGAUGGAAGAGAUCCAGGUGCCAACCCCAAGGCCCGGGAAGGAAGGACAGGAAAACGGCCACGUUACCACGAAGUCUGUGAAGGCCGAAGCCCUCACCUCCCUGCACGGGGAUGAGCAGGACAGUGAGGAUGAGGUCCUGACCAUCCCGGAGGUGAAGGUGCACUUGGGCAGAGGGACUGGGGCCGCAAGCAUGCCGCAUGGGCGCACCCCACAGAGGAGGGGGCUUCGGGAGAGCGCGGAUGGCGCUGGGGUGCUGCCGCGAGGGGACCUGGCCCGCAGAGGGAAGUCCAGGCCUGUGCCGCCGAAGACCGUGAGCUCCGGCGGCCUGGCGGCCUUCCACGACGACAGUGACGAGGACCUCUUACACAUCUAGUCUCCUGGUGCCUCCAGGAGACGCAGGUCCGGUGUCACCAGGCACCUCCAACCAAAUAAGACUUCAGCUCGAGGAUGCUUCUAUCAUUUUUGCCUUUAACAAAAACUGUUUCAAAAGGGAAGAGUUUUUGUGAUGGGGGAGAGGGUGAGGAGGUCAGGUUUACGGUCCUUGGAACGAGGCUCUGUUCCUGUCGCAGGGGGAGGAGCCGGGGCCCUGGGUUUUGUCCCCAGCCCUCACUUAAAAGCGUGGCAGCCGUGCGCCUCAUACUGUGCGCCUGGGCCAGACGCAUCUUGGAACCGAGGGCUGUGUAUUUGAGAAAAACCCUUGCUGCUUUAGGCCCUGUAGGGUUUUGACCAUUAUAUUUUAGCAUUUAAUUCUCUCCUCCUAUUUAUUGACUUUGACAAUUAC